AUGUCAGGCCCUGUUACAGUACACUCACACAAAGGGUUUUUGACUGGACACUGCAAUAGCCUGACGCGGCUUCUUGACGAGCAAUCUUCAACACAGCCAGAUGAGGUUUGCAUGAACCAAAGAACAGCACAAAAACUCCGCAGUACCUCCUUUGAACUGUUGGCAACGAUGCGGUUCGUCACAGAUGCCUUAAAUAACUUCACGACCGCACUGGAUGAUCUUCAAGAACAACUUACGGAAGAAAACGAUAAGCAAGUGGCGCUGUAUUCAAACAAAGCUCACGCGGUGUUGGAGCGAGCAAAAGAACGAAUAAUCAACAUAGAGGGACAACAAUUAGGAUCCAGUCAGGAGGAAACAACAUUAGUGCAAACGGUAGCUGCAGCGCAAAUUCCGAAACUCCCGGUGAUACCUAUGCUGACGUUCACAGGGAAAAUCUGGGAAUUUUCAAAUUCCUGGACACUGUUCGAGGCUAAUGUGCACCAGCAACCUUUGACGAAACUUCAGAAAUUCAACUAA